CACGAAAAGAAACACUGGGAAGCAGGUCGUCAUCGAGUCGUAGGCGUGGACGAAGCGGGACGGGGACCGUUGGCAGGACCUGUGGUGGCGGCGGCGUGCUUCGUGCCGAAGGAUUGCGUCGUCGACUGCGUCAACGACUCCAAGCAGCUCACUGAGGAGGGCAGAGAGGAGAUCUUCGAGGAGCUCAUGGCGAAUAAGGAUAUCGAGUACGGGGUGUGCGUGAUCGAUCAAGAUCGCAUCGAUGAGAUUAAUAUUUUGGAGUGCACGAUGGAGGCGAUGCACCGAAGCGCCGCCGACGUGCCGAACGUGGACUGGGUGUUAAUCGACGGGAAUCGCGUUCCGAAGCCGCUGGAAGGCAAAGCCGAAGCGAUCGUGAAAGGUGACGCGAAGAACGUCGCCAUCGCCGCCGCGUCUAUCAUCGCCAAGGUCACGCGGGAUCGAAUGAUGCUCGAAAUCGACAAGGAAUUUCCGAUGUACGGCUUCAAGGACCACAAAGGAUACGGCACCAAGGCGCACAUGGCGGCGAUCGACAAACACGGCCCGUGCGUGUACCACAGGAAAACCUUC